GGGGAGCCAGGCCUCCCCCCUCAGGGACCCCCUCCCUCCCAGAAGGGGGCGUGGCCGGGGAGAGAAGGGAGGAGGCGUGGCCGAGAGGAGAGGUCCCAUCUCCAGCAGCAGGAGGGUUGCAGGGCUAAGACGCAGGGGCUGCUCUGGCUCCUUCCGCCUCUUCUUUCUCCGAGCCACGCGUAUUGUGUAGCCUUUGCUUCUUGACAUAAAAAGAGAAGAGGUUCUUCAACCAGGCUAGAAACCGUUUUGGAGCCCAGAGUGAAGAUGGAGGAGCCAAGUCCACCCAGCCCUGAAGGAGGAAGAGAGCCCAAUGAAACGUGGGGCAGGAGAAGUGUUGGAAUCCCAGGCAGAAUGGGUCCGGAUGCUCUGGAGGAGAAGAACUUCAGCCCAGACCUUCAGUGCCAACACUUCCGGUGCUUCCGUUUCCAUGAGGCUGAUGGGCUGCGAGAGGUUUGCAGCCGCCUCCACUCUCUCUGCCGCCUGUGGCUGAAGCCUGAGGAACAUACAAAGGCAGAGAUGCUGGACCUGGUGCUCCUGGAGCAGUUCCUGGCCGUCCUUCCUGCAGAGAUGGAGCGCUGGGUGAGGGAAUGUGGGGCAGAGACCAGUUCCCAGGCCGUGGCUUUGGCUGAAGGAUUCCUCUUGAGUCGGGAACAAGAGGAGAAGGCGCUGCAGGGAGAGCGGCUGGAGAAAGAGGUCCUUCAGGCCCAGGUGUUCCCACUGGAAACCAGCAAGAAGUUCCCUUCUGAGUGUAUUGAACUAGAAGACAAAACGGGAGAGUCUCCACUGGGAGAUGAGCCCAGGGUGCUGAGAAGAUGUGGCAGCUCCACUCUUUCUGAUGCCGAAGAAGUGGCUUCCAUUCAACAAGAUCAGAUGAUGUUUGAGGAUGUGGCUGUACAUUUCAGUGUGGAGGAGUGGGCCUUACUGGAUCCAGACCAACGGGCCCAGCACUGGGAGGUCAUGGAAGAAAAUUAUAGGAUGGUGGUUUCUCUGGGUGGUGAUGAUCAAGGGAUUGAAAAUGGGGGAGCUCCAAACAAAGUGUGGCUGAAAACACGGAGAAGUAAAAAGGAAGAAGAAAGAAGCUCGAGAAUAGAAGCAGAAGGCUAUAGCAGGAAGCAGUGCCCUGCCGACACCAGGGAAAUCACAAUCCAAGAGACAAUAGAGGAAAGCAGGGAGACUGGAAACAGCUCUGUCUAUGAGAAUGGCUUUUUCCAGGAGGCAUCCAGUAUACAUCCUACACACAAUGAAAAAUACCAAAUUGUGGACAAGCCAUAUAAAUGCCUAGAGUGUGGAAAAUGCUUUCAUAAAAAACGAAACCUCCGUAGACACCGAAAAACCCACACAGGAGAGAAGCCAUAUAAAUGCCUGGAGUGUGGAAAAUGCUAUACCCAAAAAUGUAACCUAAGAAGGCACCAAAAAACCCACGUAAGAGAGAAACCCUAUAAAUGCUUAAAGUGUGGAAAAGGUUUUGUUUCAAAUAUAAAUCUCAUUAAGCAUGAAAUGAAUCACAGAGGAGAGAAACCCUAUAAAUGCUUGGAGUGUGGAAAAGGUUACCCUGAAAAGAGAAGUCUUAUUAGACAUGAAAUGAAUCACAGAGGAGAGAAACCCUAUAACUGUCUGGAGUGCGGAAAAUGUUUCUAUUGGAAAUAUACACUAAAGAUCCAUGAAAAAACCCACACAGGAGAGAAGUCAUAUAAAUGCCUGGAGUGUGGAAAAUGUUUCUCUUGGAAACGACACCUCAACAGACAUGAAAAAACCCACACACAUGAAAAGGUAUACAAAUGCCUGGAGUGUGGAAAAGGUUUUUAUGAAGAGAGCAGUCUUAUUAAACACGAAAUGAAUCACAGAGGAGAGAAACCCUAUAAAUGUCCGGAGUGUGGGAAAAGUUUCUGUUGGAAAAAUAGCCUAAAAUUGCACCAAAACACCCACAUAGGUGAGAAGCCAAAUAAAUGCCUGGAGUGUGGAAAAGGUUUCUUUCAGAAAGGACAGCUCAACAGACACAAAAGAACCCACACACAAGAAAAGCCAUAUCAAUGCCGAGAGUGUGGAAAACGUUUCUCUGAUAAAAGAAGUUUUAUUGGACAUGAAAUGAAACACAGAGGAGAGAAACCCUAUAAAUGCCUGGCGUGUGGGAAGAGUUUCUGUUGGGAAAAUGCCCUAAAGCUGCACCAAUACACCCACAUAAGGGAAAAGCCAUUUAAAUGCCUGGAGUGUGGGAAAUGUUUCCCUCAAAGAGGAAUCCUCAACAAACACCAAAAAUCCCACAUGGAAGAGAUGCCAUAUAAAUGCAUGGAGUGUGGAAAAUGUUUCUUUCAGAAUGGAAACCUCAAGAGACAUGAAAGAACCCACACACAUGAGAAGCCAUAUAAAUGCCUGGAGUGUGGAAAAGGUUUUUCUGAUAAGAGAAGUCUUAUUGGACAUGAAAUGAAGCACAGAGGAGAGAAACCCUAUAAAUGCUUGGAGUGUGAAAAGAGUUUCUGUUGGAAAAAUACCUUAAAGCUGCACCAGAAAACCCACACAGGAGAGAAGACAUAUAAAUGCUUAGAAGGUGAAAAUCCCUAUAAUUGUCUGGAGUACAAUUAUAGCCUUAAAUCCAUUCUUACAGCUCACCAGGAGAGUCAUACAGGAAAGUGUGGGCAGAGUUCGAGCUACAAAUCAGACCUCAAACAUGUCCAGAAUAGUCAUAGAGACGACAAAACCAAAGACAUGUCUGGAGUGAAGGAAGAGUUUCCAUUGGAGAGCAAGUCUCAAAGCCCACUAAAAAGCCCACAUGGGAGAGAAGUCAAAAAGCCUGGAUUCUUAUACAAGUUUUAAAUGCAAUCCAAUCCUCAAAGAUUACCAGAAUAUUCAUAUAAAUAGGAAAGUAUACACAUUCCUGUAAAGAAACGGUUAAAUUGAGACUCAUUCAGCUCCUGUCUCAAUUUACCUCCUUCUCCAGCGAUCUGGAUAUCUGCUCAGUCACACAGAAAUAAAUGCACACUUCCCGGCUGUCAGCUGAAACCAGCGGCUCUUAUCUUUAUUGCAGUACUUUACAAUAUUUACAUAGUCUUGCCGGAGCUUAGCAUUCGUGCACCUGACCUGUCGCCUCCCACAUUCCACAGCAAUGACAAAUGUCCUGUGAUAUACUGGAAACCUCUCACUGUUUCCCUCUAGCCAUAAAUCUCUAUUCUAUGCAGUUAACUCUUACAUUACUGGAUUACAUUCUGCAUUACAGACAAACACCGUUGGUUAGCUUUAAACUAUAAAUGAAAAUUUCAAAACUAUACAAAACAAUACUUUCACAAUUCCUGCAUUUUGGAAAGAGUUGAGUUGCACAACAAGCUUUUACGAUGUACUAAAAAACCCAUGCAGGAAAGAGGCCAUGGAAAGGCCUGGAGUGUGGUAAAGCCUUCACUCUAAAGAAAAAUCCCCUUGAGCAUGAACUGAGAGAGAAGCCUCUAAAUGCUCAGAGAGUGGGAAGAGUUGUGUCCUCAAAUCAGGCCUCAAAACGCUCCAGGAGAAAAAGCAUAUACCCGCCAAGAGUGUGGGAAGAGUUUGAUCCUCAGUGGGCACCAGAAUGCUCACACAAUGAAGGAAUCACAUGGAGACAUAAAACUGCUUUAGCCUUUGUACUGAUUCCCUCUUGUCUAGACUGACAGUUGAUGGAAGUCAUCUUGGACCUUUUCUUGGCACACUUUAAGGGAGAACCUGGUACCUUCAGCCCAGUCCUGGCCUUGUGGCCCUGUCACUGCUUCACCGGUUGAGAUUUGAUUUCCACACUGGUUUCCUCCCUUUCCGUUAUUUUGUUUUGGAAAGUUCACUAAAAUGUGCUCUGUUUCUUGUAUUCUUUUGCAAAUGCCCAGAUAGAAGUAAAGGCAUUUCAUGGCC